GAAAGAAAUCACGAAAGAAUUUUGAUAGUUGAGACUAUAUUAUGUUUUGUAAAGGACGUAACGAGAAUAUCUUAUGACAUCGUCCUGUGAAUCACUGUGGAUUUUAAAUUAAAGAAUUCAUAUAAGUUAUAAAUCCAUGGAUUAAUUUUACUAAUCGGGUGACAAGAAGAUGAAGCUGCUAUCAACAAUUCUGACAUGGAUAUAUAUCCUUCCAAUUAUUGGAGCAGAAUUUGUUAGUCUCUGUUAUUUCACCAACUGGGCGAACACCCGUCCUGUAGCGGAAGUUCGCUUUACUAUAGAAGAUAUCGAUCCUUAUCUAUGUACACAUUUAAUAUAUGCUUUCGGCGUUAUUAAAACAGAUCAUACGCUAGGUCCUAUGUCCGCAGGAGAGACUGAACGAUAUAAAAAAUUCAAUGAUUUAAAAUUGAAAAACGGACAUUUAAAAACAUUGUUGUCUGUUGGAGGACAAAAUGCGAUGUCAACAACUUUUACAGGUUUAUCGUCUAACGCUACAAAUAUUGACCAUUUUGCCAAUGCAAGUGCUAAGUUUUUAAGAGAUAAUGGAUUUGAUGGUAUUGAUGUUGAUUGGGAAUUUCCAGGUGAGACAGAAAAUACGAAACAACAAUUUACUGCUUUAUUAAAAGGUUUAAAAGAAGGUUUCGACAGAGAAACUAAAGAAUCUGGUAAACCAAGGCUCAUAAUAUCCAUAGCUGUGGCGCCUGGACGAACGCGUAUACAAGACGGUUACGAAGUGGAACAAAUAUCUUGGUAUGUGGAUUAUAUAAAUAUUAUGGCGUAUGAUUAUUUUGGACCAUGGAAUAAAAUUGCUGGAUUUAAUAGUCCACUCAAUCCUAGAACAUCCGAUCCAAGAUUUUCAGAAGAGUUGAACCAGAAAUGGUCUGUAGCUGAAUGGUUACGUAAUAAGGCACCUAAAGAAAAGAUAGUAGUUGGUAUGACUGGUGCUGGUGCUAGUUUUACUUUAAAUGAUUCAUCAGUAUUUGAUGUUGGUGCUCCUGUUGAUGGUGGUGGUACUGAAGGCACUUUAUAUCUUAUACCAGGUCGACUUAUUUACCCUGAGAUUUGUGAGUUGAUAAAGAAUAACGCUACUGUGACCUAUGACGUUGAGCAGGAAGUACCCUUUGCUUACAUGGGUAAUCAAUGGGUAGGAUAUGACGACAUUAGGAGUAUUCAAGCUAAGGUGAAAUGGAUUUUGGCUGAAGGGUUGGCAGGAGCCAUGUUUUGGUCACUAGAUUUUGAUGAUUUUUCUGGCAACCAUUGUGGAAAUGGCAAAUUUCCGUUACUUACCACCAUGAAGAACGAGACCAUGAAAGUAAAUACUAGUUUCACAAGUCCACCACUUACCACCAUGAAAAACGAGAUCACUAAUGUCAACCCGAGUCUCACAAGUACUUUACGUACCACCAUGAAGAACGAGACCAUGAAAGUAAAUACUAGUUUCACAAGUCCACCACUUACCACCAUGAAAAACGAGAUCACUAAUGUCAACCCGAGUCUCACAAGUACUUUACGUACCACCAUGAAGAUCAUAAGCACUACCAAACCAAACGUAACCACUGUCACACCUGAUGCAGUAACGGACCGUAAAACAAAUGGAGGCGCCUCUGAAGUUAUGAUUGGUCGUUUUGUUAUUUGCUUAGCAUAUUUUAUAGCAACAGUGUAUAUUAAAGGGCUAUAUUAUUAAAUAUUUCAACCAGUUGCUGUUCCACAUCAAAAUGUUAUAAUUGAAAUUAUAUUCUUAUCAACCUGAACAGUUCUAUCCUAGUUUCGAUUACACGUAUUUAAUUAUGUCUGAACUAAUCUUAAAGGUGUGUUUAAUGGCGGCAAAUAUGAAUCUCUUUGUAUAGUUUUUGUGUAUAUUAUUAAAUUAACAAAACGCAAAAUAAAUAAAAUGCAACAAAUAAC